AUGGCAGCAGUUUUAAAAAAGAGAGCAUUGGCUGAAUAUAAUAAAUCGUUUCAGGAUGGUCCUUCUUCCAAAAAGCUACACUUAGUCAAGAAACCCCUGAUUGGUAGUUCUGCCGCUGCAUUCGUCGGUUUGCUAGAAAAGUGCAAGUCUAGUGAUGAGGCUCUUCAGCUACUUCUUAGAAUCUCAGAUUGUCUCCAAUUCCAAGAGUCCGAUGUAGAGGAAGCUAUCAAGAAGCUUUCGGAACAUUUCCAGUCAGAAGAAGAGUCUGUUGUGAGGGUCAAGAUAUUGUGGUUGUUUUGUGACAUCGGACUGGAAUGUCCUGGAGCUAAUCUAAAUAACUUAAUCGAUGAAACUAUACACCUGAUUAAGAAUGAGACUUCACACAAGGUGAUAGCUCAAGGUAUAGCGACAUUGUUAAAAUUAGGUAACAAACUCAGUGAGGACAAGAUUCUGAUGACGAGACUAGUAACAGUAGCAAGAGACAAUCUAAAGGAUACAAGUCACCAAGUGAAGUGCAGAUGCUUGCAACUUAUAAGUGAGCUGUAUCCAAUAUGCCCCGAGCCUGACAGAACUGCAGAAAUGAUUACAGAAGCUAAUGUUAUCAUCAAAUUGCUUGGAGACUACAGCAACGCUGAGGAUGCAAGAGUGCGCUGUGAAGCUUUCCAAUCAUUGUUAACACUACAUGAGCGUGGCCUCACGCUUAGUGUAGACCUGUAUGACCCAGUGUGUGCAGCUCUGUCUGAUGAUUAUGAGAUUGUGAGAGAAGUCGCUCUCAAACUUGUGUGGUUAUUGGGCAACAAGUACCCAGAAAAUACGGUCACACUACAAGAUGGAGAAACAACAAUGAGACUAGUUGACGAUGCAUUCAUCCGCAUAUGUUCCGCAGUAAAUGACUUAUGCAUGCAAGUGCGGGCGCUUUCGUGUUCAUUGCUGGGAACGACGCGUGCCGUCUCUGAUCGUUUUCUGUUGCAAACUUUAGACAAACAGCUUAUGAGUAAUAUGAAGAAGAAGCGUACAGCCCACGAGCGCGGUGCGGAAUUAGUGCGGUCGGGCGCUUGGGCGAGCGGGCGGCGCUGGGCGGACGACGCGCCCGGCCAGCUGCUGGAGCAGGCGGCCGUGCAGCUGCUGCCCGGCGGCGCGGCCGGCGCCUUCGUGCACGGCCUGGAGGACGAGUUCAUGGAGGUACGAACCGCAGCCGUAGAAGCAAUAUGCCAGUUAUCUAUGGAAAAUCCAGUGUUUGCAACCACCUCUUUGGACUUCCUCGUGGACAUGUUCAACGAUGAGAUCGAGGACGUGAGGUUACGCGCCAUCGACAGUCUCACACGAAUAUCCCAUCACAUCGAAUUGAGAGAGGAUCAACUGGAAAUUAUUCUGGGAGCUUUAGAGGAUUACUCAAUGGACGUCAGAGAAGGCUUGCACCGAAUGUUAGGAUCUUGUACCGUAGCUUCGAAGACAUGCCUUGAAAUGUGCAUUGACAAGAUAUUAGAGAAUCUCAAGAGAUAUCCACAAGACAAACGUUCCACAUUCCGUUGUGUCCAGCAAAUGGGAAGUAAACACGCAACUCUAGUAUUACCUCUCACUACACGCCUGCUCGGUGUCCAUCCAUUCUUUGACAUGCCUGAACCCGAUGUUGAAGAUCCAGCUUACAUGUGCGUGCUGAUCCUGGUACUAAAUGCGGCGCAGCACUGCAGCACGAUGCUGCCGCUGUUCGAGCAGCACACCGUCAAGCACUACACCUACCUGCGCGACACCAUGCCGCACCUCGUGCCGCCGCUGCCCAUCGGUGACACCCAGCAGUCCCGCAGUGAGAAGAACGAAGCGGAGAUAGACGACAGUGCGGUGCGUCGUUUCUUCGACUCGGUUCUUCAGCAUAUCGACAACGUGACGCUGUCCACGUCGGUCCGCCUGAAGAUGUUGCAGUCAGCCGAGGAGCAACUUAAUAAGUUGUCAGAAAUGGAGCCGAUGGUGUCGGGGGCCGCCAACUUCACGGCGCUGUUCGCGCGCUGCGUGCUGUCGCUGCACGCGGCGUUGCACGCCAGCGCGCCGCCCGCGCACGCGCUGCAGCAGCUCGCCACCGACUGCCUCCGACUGCAGCACCAGUUCAGCGGCGUGUCGGAGCAGGAGAGCGCGUGCGUGAGCCAGCUGGCGCUGCGCGUCACCGCGGCGCGGCUGGCGGGCGCGCGCGCCGCGCACCACGCCGCCGCGCUCACGCACCAGGCCGAGCUGCUGGACCGCCUGCUCGCCUCCGCCGGUGUGGAGCCAGAUCCAUUCACAAUAGCAGUAUUUCAACAAUUAUCUUUAAGUGGAGAUCACAAGCCUGCGGCUCUGGCACGCGCUAUACAACCGCUACUACUGUCUGCACCGCUACCUACCAUACCCAGACCUAAUCUUAAGAUCCGCAUGUGCUCAGCGAGCAUCAUCGAGCCGGCGACCGACAACGACACGGUAUUGCGGUUCUGCGCGGGUCUCAUCGCCGGCGUCGCGCUUGAGGCAGAGGUCGUGCGCGUGCGCGACCCUCACGCCCUGCGCGUGCGCGUGGCCUACCCCGACACGCGCGUGCACGCCCUCGUGCCGCCGCGCGACCACCUGCGCCCGCUCGACCAUACCAACACCAAUGACGAUGGCACGCAAAAUGUUCGUCUGCUCACAAAAGUAUUAAUAUCUCAUGGGGUGUGGACGGAGCCCUGCGGAGUGGAUAUAUCAGUGUGUCUGGCAGUUGAAGAAGGUGGUGGUCGAGACGCGGCCCCUCUAAUAGAACUUUGCAAGCCUGUUCGUGUCACCGUUGCCCCUAAACCUAUUAAGAGAGGCAUAUAGGAUUUAAUUAAAAAUCCUAAGCCCAGGAGACCUAUCUUCGAAAUACAUAGCCCAUAACUAUGAACUAAAAAGUUUAGUGUUUUUAAGUGAGAAAAUCUGAAUAAAGGUUCUGAAUAAAUAAAUCACAUCAAAUGUAA